AUGCGAAGUCUCCUCCUCUACCCUGUCCUGGCCGCUUCCGCCAUGGCCGAAAAGCUUCUCUACAGAAACACCUUCAACAGCACCGAUGCAAUCGCAGAUUGGGUCGCCGAAGGGUCCGUCAAAGCGACCGUCUCCAACAACACUCUCGAACUAGCUGCCCCAGGCGACUUUGUCUACUGGGUCCCCGAAGUCUUCCCCGAGCGCAUCCGGAUCACCUGGGACUUUUCGCCCAUCGAAGAACCAGGCCUGGCUAUCAUAUUCUUCGGCGCAGCAGCCGCCAAAGACGGCGGAAGCAUUUUCGACAAGGAUCUAAAACCCCGAAAUGGAUCUUACCCGCAGUAUCACUCGAGCGAUAUCCGCACGCUGCAUGCUUCGUAUUUUCGACGUCGAUGGCCUGAAGAAAGGGCUUUUCAUCUUGCGAACUUGAGAAAGUCGCCUGGAUUCCAUCUGGUUGCGCAGGGGGCUGAUCCGCUGCCGAAUGUGGAAGAUACUCAGGGCGCUUAUUACAAGGUUGAGGUCAUUCACGACAAGCGCGAUGUCAAGUUUUCGAUCAAUGGAUUGGAAUUGUUCUCGUGGGAGGAUGUGGAUCGGUCGACUGGGCCUGUUGUUCGUGGUGGACGGAUUGGUUUCAGACAGAUGAAUCCUCUUGUUGCUCGAUAUCGCAACUUGGAGGUGUGGAAGCUUUAG